AUAAACAAGAAACAAACUUAAAGAUGUUUUUAAGUAAAAAUUAGUGUUUGAUAUAGUUCGUGUGUAUUUAAUUGCUAUUAAUUUAGAUUUGUAUAUUCCAAAUAAAUUUAAUGGAAAAUAUUUAAAAUUAUUAAGAAAAGUGUUUUGUUUCUUAGAAAAAAAAGUAUUAUCGUGUUGUAAACUUAAUAUAUCAAAAUAAAUUCAAAUAAAAAUAGUGGCAAAGCACUAAAUGGGAUUAUUUUAUCAGAGUUAGCAGUGUAAUGUCAACAGCCAAACGGCUGGUGUUGUCCCUAAGAGGUCGUAAGGAAUCUCAAAGUACAGCUGGGACUGCGACAUCAUCUACACGCCUUGUAUCGGCCGGUACCUCACCUGGCCAUGAAUUGGGCGAAAUCGCCGUUGUCUCUGGCACCGGCGGUUCAAGUCAUCAAUUAAUUUACGGCGGCAGUAGUAAUGGUCCAAGAUAUUCAACAGGUGGCAAUGAAUUCGACCAACAGUCGGCUGAUUUUUCAACCUCACACUGCAACUUGAUUCCAAUUCCUGCCGUGCGAGAGCAGCUCAGUGCUUCGAACGUCACACUGUCACCGUCACCCCAAACCCAUCAAAGAUUGGGCCCAUUGCACCUUGCGCCCACAAUGUCAACAUCUUUAUCGGCCGGUGGCAGCACAAAUCGAUACUUGACUCUGAGAAGCCCCAUUCCUCCGGUGCAGGCGGGACAUAGCCAAAGGCCUCGCAGUAGUUAUCCGGAAUUUCUUCAGCCGCGGCUAUCGUUGAAUGGAACUGUUUCGGGUCAUAGGCACUUAGUGCCGUCCCCUCGGCCAUUGUUUCGGGAACAAAGUUCACGAUCUUUUCAGCCAUUUCUAGAGAGUUACACAGGCACGGCGGCGAGCGGCGGUGGUGGCAUGCAUACGACAGAACUGUCAAUAACGCCAUCUGUCGCUGGCGACGAGCAGUAUAUUGAUUUGGGGAGUUUGAGGCGCUUCUCAAUAGAUCGUCAAAGUUUCAAUGAUCUUGGAUCAAAAUUUGGAAUGUCGCGGCCGCAAUUCGGUCAAAGCGUUUCACAGCAAGGUUUCUUCUCAUCACACGACAGCCUAACAGCACCAUGUGUAACACGUGCCUCAAAUCCACAUGUAGCCAGCACUGCCUCCGAAAUGGAUUUGACACGAAAACCACAACGACGGAAAUCGCGGGGCCGACUGAAAGCUGGCGAACAGCCUCUGCUCGGCUCAUGGAAUCGUACUGGAAUGAGAGGCUCCCAAGAUAAUACAUUGGGCGCUGCUGGCGCUUUAGCGUCCAGUAAUCAAAUAAAUAGUGGAAAUUAUUGCAAUGGAACUGAUAGACUAAACCGACGCUCUGGUUGUGCGACAACAGCUGCUGGCGGUUGUAAUCCAAAUAGUGGACAAACCUCCUCAAAUCUACGCUUUCGCAACAGUACUAGCUCAGCGAUGGCAGCUGCCGGAUCGGCGGCCAAAUUCACAUUCGUAUUCGAUCCGGCGGGCCGACUCUGCUACUAUUGGUCAAUGGUUGUUAGUUUAGCAUUUUUGUACAAUUUCUGGGUGAUAAUCUACCGGUUCGCCUUCCAAGAGAUCAACGGCAAAACCAUUGUCGUCUGGUUUUGCCUUGAUUACCUCUCGGACUUUCUGUAUCUUGUAGAUAUACUCUUCCACUUUCGAACCGGCUACCUCGAGGAUGGUGUCCUACAAACUGACUCCUCGAAACUACGCCAACACUACAUGAACUCAACGACAUUCUACAUAGAUUGCCUGUGUCUACUGCCAUUAGAUUUUUUAUACUUAUCGAUCGGUUUUAAUUCGAUAUUGCGCUCGUUUCGUUUAGUCAAGAUCUAUCGGUUUUGGGCGUUCAUGGAUCGCACUGAACGCCACACGAACUAUCCAAAUUUAUUCCGAUCAACGGCACUCAUACAUUAUCUGCUUGUGAUAUUCCAUUGGAACGGAUGUUUAUAUCAUAUUAUUCAUAAGAACAACGGUUUCGGGUCAAGGAAUUGGGUGUACCACGACUCGGAGUCGGCCGAUGUAGUUAAACAGUAUUUACAGAGUUAUUAUUGGUGUACGUUAGCUUUAACGACGAUCGGUGAUUUGCCAAAGCCCCGGUCGAAGGGUGAAUAUGUGUUUGUGAUAAUGCAGUUGCUUUUCGGUUUAAUGUUGUUUGCAACGGUAUUGGGGCAUGUGGCGAACAUUGUGACAUCGGUUAGUGCGGCGCGUAAGGAAUUUCAAGCGAAAUUGGAUGGCGUGAAGACGUACAUGCGAAUGCGUCGAGUACCAAAUCAUCUUCAGGUGAAGGUCAUCAAAUGGUUUGACUAUUUGUGGCUAACCCAAAAGUGUUCCGACGAAGAACGAGCCGUAUCCUGUCUUCCUGAUAAACUAAAGGCUGAAAUAGCAAUUAACGUCCAUUUAGAUACACUUAAGCGAGUCGAAAUAUUUCAAAACACCGAAGCUGGUUUCCUGUGUGAGCUGGUGCUACGAUUGCGGCCGGUAUUAUUUUCACCUGGUGACUAUAUUUGUCGAAAAGGUGAAGUUGGCAAGGAAAUGUAUAUUGUUAAUCGAGGCCGACUUCAGGUGGUUGCCGAUAAUGGUAAAACUGUGAUGGCAUCAUUAAAGGCAGGUUCCUAUUUUGGCGAAAUUAGUAUACUUAACAUGGGAACAGCAGGUAAAGAGCUUGGUAAUCGACGGACAGCCAGUGUACGCUCAGUUGGAUAUAGUGAUUUGUUUGUACUCAGCAAAACAGAUAUGUGGGAUGUCCUUAAAGAAUAUCCAGCGGCGAGAGUACGAUUAGAAUCAAUAGCUGUUAAACGUUUGGAGAAAUAUAAAAAAGCUCCAUUAGAGAAAGUAAUAUAUUUUAAUUCAGUUGCAAUGGGACGAUGCCAGUCAACGCCGGGACUUGUCGAAAGCGAGGGUCGGACGACAUUAGAGGAUAUGUGGUUACCACCAGGGCCAUCAUCUGUAGCAUAUACUCAACCAUUAGUUUAUAGCCGUGCCCCUAGUCCUAGAUUAACCCAAACAGUAACCGAACGUCUUGCAAGGACGUCAGAUUCACCAGGCUCUAUGAGUCCAAGUGUACAUAGCUCAGAUGAUCGACCACGCAGUCGAGCCACAUCCCAUCAAUCACGUCCUCAAUCACAGCCUAGUAGGACUGGUCAUAUUUGCGGAUCAAUAUCACAUAUUGAAUGUUAUGGUGGAGCCGGUGGUGGUGCCACACCUUUACUGGGCUCCCACGAAGCCUUAGAAGACGAAAUCAAAAGACUUCGAGAACGUCUGCAUACAGUCGAGUCUGAAAAUCAAGCAUUAAACACUAAGCUAUCCCAACAACAAUGGGAUCUCGAAAAUCGGCUAGCUGAAAUUGAAAUGCAAAUUUGUGGUGCAUCGUCGACAUCGAGUCUAGAUCCUGAAAAUGAAACCGAGGAAUUGGAGAGAAAUCGCGAGUCUAUCAUAUAACACGGGAGCGAGCUGCCCCAGCCGAUUGGUGUGAUGUAUGUAUCGUGCAUAUCAUGACAUAAUUACAACAAAUCCAAUACAGGUCAUUAUCCUGCGCAGGUCAUCCUAAUCGGCAUCGAAAUCGGGCAGCUGUUGAAUAAUUUUAGCACUUUAUCCCUUUUAAUUUUCACAAAACUAUUCAUAUUUUUUUAAGUGUAUAUUUGUGUGUGUUUGUGUGUGUGAGUUGGCAUAAAUGGACUAUCGGAAUUAUGAGGUUCAAUUUAAUACAAUUUAUUACGAAUUAAUCGAAAAAAACAAAAGGACUCUCAUGAUCCUUCAAGAAAAAAAAAAAAUUACUCUACAAAAGUCGAAUAAAAGAUAAUUCCCUUGAAACAAUAACUUCCUUCAAACUGCAAUGGGUUUUUUUCGCCGCCGCAACAAUAUUGCACUUUGUGUACCUUCGCAGAAAUUUCUUCUUCCUUACAAUUUUUAAAAAUAUUUCACGCAGCAAUGCCACGAAUUCCUUUGUUAAUAUCCCUUUGAAUGGUGAAUGGUGGCUGGUGGGCACCCAUCACAGAGAGAGAGUUCUGACUGAGUGGAGAGAAAGGAAGAAUAAUAAAAAAUUCAAUUAAAUUUUCCUAUGCUGUGGUGUAUUACAAUCCCUUGAUAUCCACCACCCCAGCCACCACCAAAACCCACCGCCGACCAUCAUCCCUUUGGCAAAAAAAAGUGCUCAACAUUUUUAUAUGUUUUUUUUUUACACGUCCUUGCCAUUGCCACUACCUGUCAUUCUCAACAAAAAUGUUCAUUCGAAUUAAUUACACUGCGGGCGGGGAUAAAAAAAAAAUAAGGAAAAGAAAUGAAAAAAAAAAAACAAAGAAAUUCUCCACCAAGAUGAACAAGAAGAGAAAGAUAAAACUGAAGUAAAUGUUUAAUUAGUUCGCGAAGCCAUUUUUAUACUUGCACCUUUUGCGCUACAUUUAAUUUUAACUUCAAAAAUGUAGGUAUUUUUUUUUGUUUUCUGAGUAAAAAGGAUAAAUUUUCAAAAAGGACUCAUUUUGUUGUAGACGAAACGAAAAACAAAAAAUUUGUGUUGUUUUGAAAAACAAGUCAGCUAAACUAUUAAAUAAAAUUGCGACUUUAAUCACGAAUAAGGAUUUUCUUUUGAAAUAAAAUUUUUGGAAGAAAAAAAAAAUAAAUGAAGCUGAGUAAAUAUUUUUAAUAGGGUUAGUGUUUUUCUUCGCGCCUCAUUAGCAUUAAAAUUAAAUCACAUUUAAGUAGACUCUCGAUUUGGCUCUAUAAAAGUUCUCUAUGUUCUCUAUGGAAACAAUGGAUUUGGUUGGUGCAAGAUAAUAAUACGCUUAAGUGAAUAAAUUUAAUUUUCAUCAACCAACGAGGUGACAACGACAGAAGGAUAACGAUGAUUAUGGUGAUGAUGGAAGUGUUAUCUUUUUUUAUUUGCCUCAAAUAAUUCUUAGUCUUACCGAAAGUUUGGAUUUUUGUAUUUCCUUUUUCAGUGACAUUCUGCAGUUUUUUAGAAUAAGUUUAGGUAAAGUCAUUUUUUCUUAAAGACAAACUUUUUUUCUGAAUUACUUCAACUAAGAAGAUCGACUUUUAGGCUUCGAGAAAAUUUAUUCAUUUUUGAUU